CUCUUUUGAUGUCCAUUCCGUAUAGUAAACAUGGUUGCUCUUUCAAAGGAGCAUUUUACUGAGGGACGUGCACGCGUAGGAUCUUGCGUAAAAGCAUACGCGGCGUAUAUUUUUAGAAGAAUCUUUUAAGAACGUGUAACCAGUGUAAAGAUUCCACUUCCAGCCACUCAUACAGAGUUUUUUUUAUUUUCUUUUUUUUUUCUCUUUUUUUUACAGGCUAGGGUUGUGGUGUGUGUAAAGUAGAUACUUCGAUAUUUUCUUUGUUGUUUUUGAAGUUUUCCGUGAACUUAUACCUAGUUAUAAACAGCAGUUUUUUUUAGUUCGCAUGAAUCAGUCAUCGAUGAUGCUUCCUUAUGUGGAUAUUCAAAGAUGACCUACCGCCGUUCCUGGAGGUUGCAUUUCCGGGAAUAUCCCAGUCGAGCCCAUCGGCCUGGCUGAGUCCCCCGGGAGCUAAAAAUGAGUGGGCAAUUGCGCUCCCUCUCCUCCAAUCUCCGUGCUGAUACCAAGCUCCCAGACAUCAGUGCUUCAGAGUUUAAUCAUGCUUUUUGCCGGCUCUUAUCAUCCCAACUCACUUGUGCUUCGCUUUAGGAUACUCAGUUACGUAACAGCAAGAGUGAUUUGAAAUUCAAGAAAAAUGAAGACCGUUACAAUUUUGAUUGCCGUCUUACCGCAAAUUCUCACGGCGUUGGAUUUCAGUGCUCCGAAACUUCCAAAAGUCAAUGAAAAAGUUCUGGCAAUUUUCAAACACAUUGAGGACGCCGUCCAGGGUGAUGACGGCCGCGAGGAAAGAGCAGUCACCGGCAAAAAUGAAACAAACCCGCACAUGCUAGAAAACGGAACGAUACUGAACGGACCCCUCAGUUAUAACGAGCUUGUGACCAAUCAGUGCAUAAAGCUAUACGACAGUUGUCUGGAGGCUUCGUUCUUGCACUUGAGCAAGAGCAACACGACGAAGAGCGAAACGUCCAGGUUUUCGAAAUUGGCGUCCAAGAUCACCGCCGUGAUGCUAUCAUUCUUCGACUCGGAUCUUUGGAAAGAAGCCAUCGUGACCGGCGCGUCGCAUAUCGUGGCAGACCGAUGUCAUGCCAUCAAGUUGGAGUGUUUCAUUAAGACAGGCUUCCUCUCCAAACUUGCCGACGAGGUGGAUCCGGGAUUUCCGGGAGCGGCCAAACUGGUGGAAAUGGCCGCGCGAGCCGUUAAGUUCCUGACGAAAUUGCCUGGAAUACUGGAAAGCGAAGAAUUUCUCGCGAGUUUUAUGGGGGAAGCCGUGAAAAUGUUUUCCCCUCGAAAACUCCGCGAGAGAUUCGUCUGAUUGAUUUUAGGUGGCAGAACCGCGAAUUUCUAUCACUGAAAAAAAAGGAUGCUGACUUAACAUUCUGAUGUAAAAAAAAAAGUGUGCGACGACUCACGAAACGCCACUGAGCUCUUCCAGAAUUAGAGUUAGUUAUGAUGAAGGAUUGUUGUAAAUAAUGUUGUCUGGUGGUGAUACUUGUAAAUACAUUUAUAUUUCACAUUUUGACUUUUA